AUGAACACAGUUGUUGAAAACGAUAAUUUCAUGCAACAGAGACGAAAUGCUGCUGGCAAACUAGGGUUAUCAGGAUUGCAAAAAUGCACUGCAUCUGUCAGAAUGCUUGCGUAUGGUCUGGCUUCGGAUGCGGUUGAUGAAUAUGUACGAAUUGGUCAAGAACUUCAAGAAAAUCAUUAUUGCAUUUCACUCUCAAGGGGUGAUCAAGCAUUUCGGAGAGGAGGACGUAGUGGGAAUGCUAGCCUCAUUCUUGAAGCUGUUGAAGAUCAAAAUCUAUGGAUUUGGCAUUCAUUUUUUGGUAUCCCUGGUUCAUGCAAUGACUUUAAUAUUCUUUACCGUUCUCCUGUGGUUGAUCUUGUUUUGCAAGGAUUUACUCAUCCUCAACUUCAGAAGCGUAAGAGAUUUGCUGAUAGACAAGCACAUGUUCGGAAGGAAGUUGAACGUGCGUUUGGAGUUUUGCAAGCGAGAUUUGCCAUUAUACGACAACCUUCUCUUGCUUACGAUGAAGAUAUAUUAACUCACAUAAUAAAGGUUUGUCUCAUCAUGCACAACAUGAUAGUUGAGGAUGAACGAGACAUGUAUAUCCGAGUUGAUAUGCUAAGAAGGUACUACGAACAAGACCUUUCGAGCUGCAGCGCAAUGGUCAAUAAUGGUGAACCUUUCGAGUUCCAAGUUGUCCAUCUCGUCAACAUGAACGCUUACUUGGGGAGAAGAAUAACUAUGCGUAAUAGUCAAACUCACCAGUCUAUGAAAGAUGAUUUAAUCGAGCAUGGAUCUAACAAUCAUUAA